AUGAAGAGUUUAAGGAGAGACUUGUCUUCCAACCCGCAGGCAGCAAAUGUCACCAGCAAAGUCUUCGUCCGGUCCACAAAAAGUGGAAAGGUGCAAAAGAUUGUCCGCGAGCUUUAUUUGAGAGAGGACAUUCCCUGUUCUUCUAAGCUUUGCUCACAAUGUCCGACUACCGCACCGGCCGACGCUAAUGGAAACAUUGCGCCGUUCAUUCUGUCUGAUCGCCCCGCUGGCACGACAGCUUUCCCCCGAGGCCACUACCUUGUUCCCGAUACUAAUGCGCUGUUGAAUGGAAUGGAUCUUUUUGAGCACACUGGGGCUUUUUAUGACGUAAUUGUCCUCCAAACCGUCCUGGAGGAACUCAGAAACCGAUCACUUCCACUCUACAACCGUCUUCUUGCCUUGGUCAAGUCAGAUGAAAAGCGCUUCUACCUUUUCUUCAACGAGUUCCGUCGUGAAACCCAUGUUAGGAGAGGCCCAGAAGAAACUAUCAACGACAGAAAUGACCGUGCUGUCCGCCUGGUCGCAAGCUGGUAUGGGUCUCAUCUGCAACAAUCGGCAAAGAAAGGAAAGAAAGAAAGGUCGAUUCCAGCGAUUGUUGUCAUAACUGAUGACAAGGAGAAUCUGCGCAAGUCUAAGGAAGAAGGUAUUACUGCCUUGUCCCUAUCCGACUAUGUUUCUGGCUUGGAGGGGUCGGAGAUGCUGCUAGAUAUGAUCAGCGAGUCAAAGGAUGCACGAGACGCUAAAGAAGCAGCUCGUGGAGAACUCUUCUAUCCCGCAUACUACACCAUGUCGAAGCUCACGACUGGAUUACGAGCCGGGACUUUGCACCAAGGUGUAUUCAAUGUUUCGCCCUACAACUACUUGGAAGGCUCCGUCAAAACCGGGGCUUUCGAUAAGCCGCUCCUUAUUCUAGGACGGGAUAACAGCAACCGUGCUAUUGCUGGUGAUUCUGUCGUCGUUGAAAUUUUGCCACAGGACCAAUGGAAGAGUCCCUCAACAAAGAUUGUGGACGAAGAGGCUGUCACCCGCAAUGAUAAUCCUGACACCGAGGAAUCCGAAGCUGUAGUGACAGACAGGGAACGCAAAGCUCUCCAGGAGGAAGUGAAGAAGGCCCAUGGCAAAAACUCAGAAGGCAAACCGCAGCCUACUGCCAAGGUUGUUGGUGUUGUCAAACGCGGGUGGCGCCAAUAUGUCGGUCAUGUUGAUUCGAACUCUACCGGCUCACAAUCCUCCGGUCGACGCCAACAAAAUGUCUUCCUUUUGCCAAUGGACAAGCGGAUUCCGAAGAUCAGAGUACGCACAAGACAGGCCAACGAUCUACUCGGCCAGCGUAUUCUUGUCACUAUCGAUGCUUGGGACCGGGAUUCUCGGUACCCAACUGGUCACUUUAUCCGUUCCCUGGGAGAGCUGGAAACUAAGGGAGCUGAAACCGAGGCUCUCCUCCUCGAAUACGAUGUGCAAUACAAGCCUUUCCCCAAAUCCGUCCUAGACUGCCUUCCUGCCGAAGGCCAUGAUUGGAAGGUGCCUGCGUCGAAGGAACAUAAAGGAUGGAACGGCCGGAGAGAUCUUCGUGACUUGCUUGUUUGCAGUAUUGACCCCCCUGGCUGCCAGGAUAUUGACGAUGCGCUCCAUGCGCGCCUUCUACCGAACGGCAACUACGAAGUUGGUGUCCACAUUGCCGAUGUAUCGCACUUUGUCAAGCCCAACAACCCAAUGGAUCUCGAGGCUAGUGUCCGCGGAACUACGGUUUAUCUUGUCGAUAAGCGUAUCGAUAUGCUUCCACACCUUCUUGGAACUGACCUGUGCUCACUCAAACCCUAUGUUGAGAGAUACGCCUUCUCCGUUCUGUGGGAGAUGACUCCCGAUGCAGAGAUUGUGUCUUCUGAUUUCACCAAGUCAGUCAUUCGCUCUCGAGAGGCAUUCAGUUACGAGCAAGCCCAGCUGCGCAUCGAUGAUAAAUCUUCACAGGAUGAAUUGACUAACAGUAUGCGCAACCUCCUGAAGUUUUCUAAGAUUCUUCGUCAAAAGCGUAUGGACGCUGGUGCCCUGAAUCUUGCUUCUCCGGAGGUACGCAUCGAGGCUGGAGAUGACGAAAGUGGUGAUCCUUUGACAGACGUCAAGACCAAGGCGAUGCUUGAUACCAACAGCUUGGUCGAGGAGUUCAUGCUUCUCGCCAAUAUUUCGGUCGGUUCAAAGGUUUAUGAGUCCUUCUCACAGACAGCCUUGCUGCGUCGACACGCCACUCCCCCGCCCCAAAACUUCGAGGAUCUCACCAAUCAAUUGUCUAAGAAACGGAACAUGGAACUCGAUGUCUCAAGCUCAAGAGCUCUGGCGGACUCUUUGGAUCGUUGUGUUGAUCCCAAGAACCCAUUUUUCAACACUCUGGUCCGCAUCCUGGCAACACGUUGCAUGACUUCUGCCGAAUACUUCUGCGCUGGUGCCUUUACCGAAUCAGAAUUCCGUCACUACGGUCUUGCCUCACCCAUCUACACCCACUUCACUUCACCCAUUCGUCGAUACGCCGAUCUGAUGGUUCACCGACAAUUGGCUUCUGCUAUUGGAUAUGAGGGUGAGGAUGGACACGCCGUCAUUGAGGGUGUCUGCACACGCAACAAACUCGAAGACAUUUGUCGCAACAUCAACGUCCGUCAUCGCAAUGCACAGUUCGCCGGCCGCGCAAGUAUCGAGUAUUACGUGGGUCAGGCUCUGAAGGCGCGCGGAGAAAAGAUGGCUACCGACGGUGUUGACGCAGGUAUCGAGGAAGAAGGGUAUGUGAUGCGUGUGUUUGAAAACGGUGUUGUCAUCUUCGUACCUCGCUUCGGUAUUGAGGGUGUUGUCCGCUUGGAAGACUUCGUCUUGCCCGGUGAAUCUGGAGCUCGCUCUGUCUCCGAGCGACGCGAGCUGGCUCCUCAUCGCACCACCGACUUCGAUAGCGAGGAGUACACUCUUCGCGUGGAAGAAAAGGGCAACUCAGACAAAGGACGGGGUGUGAAGGUCGAGCUUUUCCAAAAGGUUCGUGUCAAUGUCAGCUCCGUCAAGGAAGAAGGCCGUGGUGCCGGCAAGAGAAGGGUUCGAAUUUUGAUCCUUGAGGCAUGA